AAAGUAUUAGCGAUUUAAAGACGAAGUUUCAAAGCCAUCUCUUCCUUUUGAUCAUUUCCUUUUCGGCCUUCUCUUACGACUGUAUAUAUGUAUGUCCGUCACUCCGCUUGAAGCUUAAAACCAAUGGCAAUAACUCAAAACCCUUCCCAAACGCAGAAUAUGAUCUUCGAUUGCUCAUCAAUGGAGAAUCCAAACACGGGAGAUGAAUCUGCUUAUUAUUUCAAAAUAUGCCGGUUUUUGAGUUUUGGCAAUUCAGAUAACUUUGCGGAAACAGCCUCUCUACUCCCUCGGGGUAGAGAUCUAAAAGAAAAUGAGCACCGAUCGGACAUGCAAUGGCUCCUUCUGGACUAAGGAGGAGGAUAAAAUCUUUGAGAAUACCCUGGCGGUCUACUCUAGUGAUGAUGAUCUAUUGAUGAUGAUGGCAGCAGCACUUCCUGGGAAAUCACUUGAAGAUAUAAAAAAUCACUAUGAGGUAUUAGUUGAGGAUGUGAAUGCGAUUGAGUCUGGACUUGUUCCUUUACCUCGAUAUCGGAAUAUGCAAAGCCAUUCCCUCAAUAAAAGUAGAUUACCAAAAGCAGAUGUAGAACGGCGAAAAGGGGUUGCUUGGACAGAAGAGGAACACAAGUUGUUUCUUAAGGGGUUAGAUAAAUAUGGAAAGGGUGAUUGGAAAAGUAUAUCCAGGCACUGUGUGCUAUCUAGAACACCGCAACAGGUGGCUAGCCAUGCCCAAAAGUUUUUCAAUCGCCGCGAAGGCGUCAACAAAGAGAGGAGAAGAGCAAGCAUUCACGACAUAACUAGUGUGGAUAUUGAAACUGCUGGAACUUCCCAAGUACCAAACCCCGAGAACAUGAUUGGACCUGCUGGAGGAGGAUCACAAGUGACGGCAAGCACUAACGAUAUGACUGGAGCUGUUGACAGCGGGGUGGUAUCAACUGGUGUUGGCACGUUUACCUCCCCAAUUGCUGCCAUAGAAAAUAAGAGCAUGUUGCCCCAGGAAAUCACAAUUGCUGAGCCGGAGAUAGCAGUUUCUGGAGGAGAGUCCUCAGGCCCUGGUGCUGCAUUUGUCAAUGAAGUGAGUCGUCUGUACCAUGAUGUGACUGAUGACUUCAUAUUAGGUAUAGAUGACCUAAUCGUGGAGCAGGAGGUCACUUAUGAAGCUGGGAUUCAGGUUGACACUGAAAGAUCCCUAUUACCCAGCCAACAACCAUCUACUGCUGCUGGCAAUGAAAUCUACGGUCAUCCUGUCACUAGAAUUGGGAGUGAACUAGAAGCGUUAAUCACUGAGCAUAUGGUCGAAGACAACGAAAUCAGUUCUAUUUUUGACGUUGGAAAAACACCAUCAUCUCAUGCAAUGCUGUCCAGCACUGCUCAUAGUGGAAUGUCCAGUUAUACAGUUGCUGCUCACAGUGGAAUGCCCAGUUAUACAGUUGCUGCUCACAGUGGAAUGUCCAGUUAUACAGUUGGUAGCUUCGGUUCUAACAAUGCACCUGAGAACAGGGUGGCUGCUCCAGGGGGAGGUUUAACCAUUGACUCUCAGCAAUUACCUUCCAUUGCGCCCUCAUCUAACUUUAGUGUUGGAGUGUGCCCCAACUCAAACACCAGCGUUCGCGAUGAGGGCAUCUUUUAUCUGGGUGACCUGUUCACAGAUCAUAUGAUCUGAGUUGGCUAAGUGGAAUAGAGGUUGUUAAUGUUGAUACUGUACUUGGUUUUUUGAAGACUUAUUCCAUUAGACUAAAAUGAGGGUGAUAUUGUCUAGCAUAAUAUUUAUACUGUGGACGCAUUAUUCUGCAGUUUGGCGCUACUUGGUAUUUUGAA